CAGGACCCGCCAUGGCUGCCAUAUUGGAAAGGAAGUGAGUGCAGGAGGCGGCGGCGGAGGAGGCUUGGGCGGAGCACCCUUUCCCAUUCUUAGCGCGGCGGGUCUCCUGACUCUGGUGGCUUGCAAAAUCCCCCCCUCACACAAGAGUAAGGUAAUACGGAGGAGAGGGUGGACAGUUGGUGACACGGCAGCUGGGCCGGACUGAACACCCGCGAGGAGACGGCGGCUUUGGCCUAAGAUGGCGGACCCGGCGGAGUGCAACAUCAAAGUGAUGUGUCGCUUCAGGCCCCUCAACGAAUCUGAGGUGACUCGAGGCGACAAGUAUAUAGCCAAGUUCCAGGGCGAGGACACCGUCGUCAUCGCGUCUAAGCCUUACGCAUUUGACCGUGUGUUCCAGUCACACACAUCACAGGAGCAAGUAUAUAAUGAUUGUGCAAAAAAGAUUGUCAAAGAUGUACUUGAGGGAUACAAUGGUACAAUAUUUGCUUACGGGCAAACAUCAUCUGGGAAGACACAUACUAUGGAGGGGAAACUACAUGAUCAUGAUGGGAUGGGUAUCAUUCCAAGGAUAGUUCAAGAUAUUUUUAAUUAUAUUUAUUCCAUGGAUGAAAAUUUGGAGUUCCAUAUUAAGGUUUCGUAUUUUGAAAUUUAUCUGGAUAAAAUAAGGGACCUUUUGGAUGUCUCAAAGACCAAUCUUUCUGUUCAUGAGGACAAAAACAGAGUACCUUAUGUGAAGGGCUGCACUGAACGUUUUGUAUGUAGUCCAGAUGAAGUUAUGGAUACUAUAGAUGAAGGAAAAUCUAAUAGACAUGUAGCAGUUACAAACAUGAAUGAACAUAGCUCUCGAAGUCAUAGCAUCUUUCUCAUAAACGUAAAGCAAGAAAACACUCAAACGGAGCAGAAAUUGAGUGGAAAGCUUUACCUUGUAGACUUGGCUGGUAGUGAAAAGGUUAGUAAAACUGGAGCAGAAGGUGCUGUACUGGAUGAAGCCAAGAAUAUCAACAAGUCUUUGUCAGCUCUUGGAAAUGUCAUUUCUGCUUUAGCUGAAAACAGUACAUAUGUUCCAUAUCGUGAUAGUAAAAUGACCAGAAUCUUACAAGAUUCAUUGGGUGGCAACUGUAGAACCACAAUUGUAAUUUGCUGUUCUCCAUCAUCUUACAACGAAUCUGAAACAAAAUCUACACUGUUGUUUGGUCAAAGAGCCAAGACUAUCAAAAAUACAGUGUGUGUUAAUGUAGAACUAACUGCAGAACAGUGGAAGAAGAAAUAUGAAAGAGAAAAAGAGAGAAACAAAACACUGCGGAACACUAUUCAGUGGCUUGAAAAUGAGCUCAAUAGGUGGCGUAAUGGAGAGACGGUACCUGUUGAUGAACAGUUUGACAAGGAAAAAGCCAAUUUGGAAGCAUUUGCAGUAGAUAAGGAUAUUACUAUUACUAACGAUACGCCAACUGCUACUAUUGGAGUAAUUGGUAAUUUCACUGAUGCUGAAAGGAGGAAGUGUGAGGAAGAAAUAGCUAAACUGUAUAAACAACUAGAUGAUAAGGAUGAAGAAAUCAAUCAACAGAGUCAGCUGGUAGAAAAGCUAAAAACGCAGAUGUUGGAUCAGGAAGAGCUUCUAGCAUCUACCAGACGGGACCAAGACAAUAUGCAAGCAGAACUGAAUCGUCUUCAAGCUGAAAAUGAUGCCUCUAAAGAGGAGGUAAAAGAAGUGCUUCAAGCCCUUGAGGAACUCGCUGUCAACUAUGAUCAAAAGUCACAGGAAGUGGAAGACAAGGCAAAGGAAUAUGAACUGCUUAGUGAUGAACUAAAUCAGAAAUCGAUAACAUUAGCUAGUAUAGAUGCAGAACUUCAGAAACUUAAAGAAAUGACCAAUCACCAGAAAAAAAGGGCAACAGAAAUGAUGGCAUCUCUGCUAAAAGAUCUUGCAGAAAUAGGAAUUGCUGUAGGAAAUAACGAUGUUAAGCAACCAGAAGGAACUGGCAUGAUAGAUGAGGAAUUCACAGUUGCCCGACUGUAUAUUAGUAAAAUGAAAUCUGAAGUGAAAACUAUGGUGAAAAGAUGCAAGCAAUUAGAAAGUACACAAACAGAAAGCAAUAAGAAAAUGGAAGAAAAUGAAAAAGAAUUGGCAGCCUGUCAGCUUCGUAUCUCACAGCAUGAAGCCAAGAUCAAGUCACUUACAGAGUAUCUUCAGAAUGUGGAACAGAAGAAACGACAGCUUGAAGAAUCAGUGGAUUCCCUUAAUGAUGAGCUUGUGGAGCUUCGAGCACAAAGUAUGAAAAAAGUUCAUGAAAUGGAGAAGGAGCAUUUAAACAAGGUUCAGACUGCAAAUGAAGUGAAGCAAGCUGUUGAGCAGCAGAUUCAGAGUCACCGAGAGACUCAUCAGAAGCAGAUUAGCAGCCUGAGAGAUGAGGUUGAAGCAAAGGAAAAACUAAUUACUGAUCUGCAAGAUCAAAAUCAGAAGAUGAUGCUUGAGCAGGAACGACUGAGAAUUGAGCAUGAUAAGCUGAAAGCUACAGAUCAAGAGAAAAGCAGAAAACUGCAUGAACUUACGGUUAUGCAAGAUAGAAGAGAACAAGCAAGACAAGAUUUGAAAGGUUUAGAAGAAACUGUGGCCAAAGAACUUCAAACCCUGCACAAUCUUCGAAAACUGUUUGUUCAAGAUUUGGCCACCAGAGUUAAGAAGAGUGCAGAAAUUGACUCCGAUGACACUGGUGGCAGUGCUGCUCAAAAGCAGAAGAUUUCUUUUCUUGAGAAUAAUCUUGAACAACUCACAAAAGUCCACAAACAGCUGGUACGUGACAAUGCGGAUCUUCGCUGUGAACUUCCAAAACUGGAAAAGCGGCUUAGAGCCACAGCAGAGAGAGUUAAAGCUUUGGAAUCAGCAUUGAAAGAAGCCAAAGAGAAUGCGUCCCGUGAUCGCAGGCGAUAUCAGCAAGAAGUAGAUCGUAUUAAGGAGGCUGUGAGAUCAAAGAAUAUGAUCAGAAAGGCACAUUCUGCACAGAUUGCUAAGCCUAUUCGUCCCGGUCAACAUCCAGCAGCUUCUCCAACUCAUCCAAGUGCAAUUCGUGGGGGAGGUGCUUUUACUCAGAACAGCCAGCCGGUUGCCCUUCGUGGAGGUGGAUCACGGCAGGAGAAAGCAUAGAUUUACACUAUCAAGAUGCUGAAAGGUACAUGCAGCAUGAAGAGGAUUGGAUAUCGCGCAAUGAGAGUCAUUCCGUGGCAGUGAUUUCUGUCUUUCCCUGGGGACUGUAGGAUUAUUUUUUGAAAACUGUAUAAAUUAUACUGGUCUGUACAGCUCUCCUUAUUCUGACUAAUUUGGCUAAUUGAUUCCCAACAAAACUAGGAAAGAUCUUGUUCUUCUUGGAAAAUUGACGUGUAAUUUCAAAUGUAGCUCUCAUUACAUGAUCUGUCUUUCACGUCUUAAAUUUAGUCUGCACUGUGCCAAGUUGAAUGUAUGUUAAGCAACACCUUAGUUAAAAUUUCCUAGCUUAAUUUAUGUAUAUUUAAUGGUCUUAGGGAAUGUGGAACAAUGUUGAAGUAAGUUUUAAUUUUACCACUUUUAAUAACACUACUUGACCCACUCUUGAAUUAGAGCAGCACUGUACAUUAAGUUUGCCUACAUGGCUGUAUAGAGUAUAAGACUAAAAUUAUUUGUACAGUAUGCAAUUACUGAGUUGUGCUUAUGACUCUCUUCAGGCACUGAAGUCUCAAACAUGGAACUAAACAUGUAUGUUUUGGCAAGGCUAUUUAACUGUUUGAUUAAAUCAAUCUGUUACCAGGUUAAUGAGUUAAUACUGUAUAGCAAGUAGUAAAUGUAAGUUUACAUGGAAAGACUUGGCAAUGACUUUCAUCUGUCCUGUUUCUGAUUAUACACAGAAUGGCAUGAUGAGCUGAAAACAUUCUGCUUCAUCUUGAGGAGCCUGUAAGUGGUCACCAGAACUAUAUCAAUUUGGUUAACUGUUGUAGUGAGAAAUCGGGACCUUGUAGCAUUCUUUGUUAUACUACACAUUUAACCUAAAAGUUUAAGGUAAACUAAUUGAGUAAAUAAAACAAGUGAAUGAAUAAAGAAGACAAAGUGGGGGUUUAAUGUAGCCAGAAAGGUCAGAUGGAUACGAACAUUGUGCUACACCAAAACUGUACUGUAACUUACUUGUAAAUUUGGAGGUCUGUAAACACGUGUAACAUGAGAUACUAUUCAGGCAUCUUAACUGCCCUUCAUUUUUGGUUUUUAAAUCUUGUGAGUUUUGUCCUACAAAAAAGCACUUGUAUCUACAGGCUAUGGAAGUUCAAAUAAUAUCUUUGACAGAGGGUUUCUGCUUGGUAUGUUCUAAAGGUUAACAAGGCUUUCUCAAUACAGUAGGAGACAAAAGAAGAAAUUUUGCAACAGUGGAGAUGUUCUGAAGAGCUGCUUUUCCAUAGUAAAUUAAUGCCAGUUCUGUAUCUUACUACAAUACAUUCACAGGCACUUGGGGGUGGGGUGGAGGUUUUCUGUAGAACUUUAACUUUUUUACAAAUGGAAGUAUUUGUAUUAUGAUGGAGCUUAGUAAUAGAAAAAGUAGUCUUUUUUCUAUUCCUUAACUUCUGAUUUUUGUCUUUUUUUUAUUCUAGCUUUUAGAGGCUGUAUUUUUUAUCAGCCAGACCCUUGCUAGUUUGGAAUUGUCAUAACAGCGAUUUGUUCUUUUUGUGCUUGAAUUAAACACUCCAAACUUCAGAUGAAUGAUUCUGUACUUAAGAGGGACUUUUACAAAGAGAAAAGAAUAUUUAAAAAUAUUUGUAUCUGUUCUUGGUUGUAAUGGGCUAUGUCAAUUUCUCAGCAGUAACCAUUUUGUUUCAGUCCCGAUUCAGUUUACACAGUUAAACUCUGGUUUCCUGGCAAUAUGCUCAAAUGAAGCAGGAUAUUUUCUCAUGGCUGUUUAUGGUAGUUUCCUGUAAGUAAUGUAUCACGGGUUUUGGUGCUGACAUGGCUGUGUAAUUAAGCGGUUAAAUAAACUGUAACUAGCAUGUAGCUCAAAAUGUACAUCCUUUUUAUACCCAAGUUUUUAUUUUAUUUUAACAUAUUAUGACGUUUACAAAGAACCGCAACUUAGACGGUAGAAAGGACUCUAUUUAGGUUACUGGAUCACCUAUGCUAGGUUACAUGGACAGGACAACUUCUGGUUUUGUAAAUUUGCAACAGAAUUCUAAAUGCAUUGCUGUUUGCAUUUGUGGUCUUUGAGUCUUUUAUUCAUCCACGUCAUUUUUUAAGAAAUUGUUUAGGCUAGGAAUUGAGUGACAUGAAAGAAGUUCAAUUAAAUUAUUGGCAUACUAGUACUGAUCAAAAAUUAACUCUAAUUUAGUCAUAAAAGGACAAAACUUGGUCUGUGAACACAGUAGUUUAUUCUCAAUGCAUGAGGAUGCAUUGAAGAAUGAAUGGCUUGGAGAAGAUGCCACAUAGUUAACUACCUGCAUGCUGUAAAUGUUUUUGUGUUUUAAAUAAAAACUUUCAACUUUAGUGAACUUC